ACGUGACGGGCUACCAUAACAGUCGCAGAUGGUCGGUCGAUGUGUGUAGGUCUCUUCUACGGGUACCGUUAGGAAGUCUGUCGAACGCGUGGAUUAUCUUCUGCUAGCCGCUGAUUUCGUCUUUGAAUGCGUGCUGCUUUCAUGUAGCCCUGUGCGGGUGUGGUAGUUUUCGCAGGAUGAGCGAGUGAGUGUUUGCCCCGCGAGCGAGGAACAUCGAAGUGUUGCUUCCACGAGCGCUGCGAAGCGAGCGGCAGGGCAGGCAGUGCGUGCGCUGGCGGCGAUAUUUCCUCGCGCGCUGGUCUUCAUGGCUCCGCCGAUUUAGGCGCUGAGGGGGUCUGUGGAUUAAAUUAUGGGGUUUAGGCCGUGCGAGUGUGUCCGGACGAAAUGGAAGCAGUGGGCGCUGGCUGGCACGCUGGCGCACUGCAUUUUCUUCGCAACUGCAUUCGUCCUGGCGGGCAUAGCAGUGGUGGUGGUCUCGGUGAUGCUGCUGCUGGACAGCAGCAAGUACCUGGCCAACGAGGGAGAGGAUAGCCAGAUGUACUACUCCAUCAUCUACAUCCUGCUAGGGGCGGGCUCCUUCAUGGCCAUCGUGGGCUUCCUCGGCUGCUGUGGGGCCCUCAGGGAGAGCCCCUGCAUGCUGUGCACUUUCUUCGUGUUCCUCGUGGUCAUCAUUGCCGCCGAAGUCACCGGGGGCAUCUGGGCUUGGAGUAACCUCGACACGUUUGAGAAGGCGGUCAAGGACCAAGUCAACCACAUGAUCAACAAGGAUUACUCUACCUCGGAAGUGAUCACCAAGACGAUCGACGCCAUGCAGCACGACCUCCGCUGCUGCGGAGUGGACGGCCCCCAGGACUGGGCCAACGCCAAGAUGAACCAGAAGACGGACGUCUCGAUCCCAGGCAUCCAGGAAAUCGGCAUCCGGACGAUGCUGGGUGCCUACAGUGUCCCCAAGUCGUGUUGCGUGGAAAUGGAGGAGAGCACCUGCGAGGCCGUGCGGCACUUUGAGGGCGUUGCCAGCAUCGUCCACGGCAUUCAUUCUCAGGGCUGUGGUACAGCGCUGUGGAACGGCCUAUACAAUAACCUCGUGCUCGUCUGCGCCAUUGGUCUCGCCAUCGCCGUGUUGCAGAUCCUCGGACUGAUCUUCACGAUAGUAUUGUGCUGCGCCGUCCGAAGUGAUGGGGGUGCCAGUUUCAAGGCUUGAGCAACUGCACGCUCCUUCCUUUCUGUCUGCUUUGGCCCGUAUCCGUCAGAUCUCCAGUGGUACGGGCAUCCCUAGGUUGGCUGUCUCUUUCAACUGGGGAGAGCUAGGGAAAGUUGGGGAAUUUUAGGGGAUUUCUGUUUGGGGUGGGGGGGGGGGGGGGAGGGGAACCUUCAGGGUUUUUGUGAAAUUUGGGAUGAAGGGAUAUGGGGAAAUCCUGGAAUGAGGAACGUGGGGUCUCCGAAGUAGGUACGCUCGUGAACAAGGAAAAGGCUUUGGGGAUGAAGGCACACAGUACUCAUUUUUAGUUCCUUGCUUCGGAGAAAAGUAUGCGGAAUUAAUAUCUCGUUCGAAUCUCUGGGGAUAUUAGGAGGUAACCGCAACAUAUGUUUUGGGUCAAGGAGCCUAUGUAUGGAAUGUGUGUUCUCAGUGUGGAGUGCAAGUCGUCUGCUUCGUGCGCAGGGGUCGCGGUGUUGCCGGAACGGUGCCGAGUUCUGAUUGGUUUUGAUGGGAAGGAUAGUGGGUAGACCUCAAUGUUAGAUGCCUUGAGGUCUACCCACAACUUUUUUCAAUCAACCAAUAAGGGCUUGGUGUCCGGGUGUCAUUGCAACCCCUGCUCAAGAAGCAGACAAGUUAGCGCUCCGCAUAAGCCGAUUUUCCGACGUGUACUUGUUAUGUGCGGGCUAAACCGCUUGGUUCGCAGUGCUGUGCAUAUGGCACUGUUUAAAGUUGAAUACGUGCGGAGCAGUGUAUGCCAUGAUCUGAAGAAGGCUGCGCUUGAACGCCGCUUGACUCUUCUAGAUGGCGUCUAGAGUGCCAAGUGAUGACUGCUCGUGGAGUGCUUCGAAAGCUCGCAACAGUGCGCCUGAAUGUUUGGUCGCAGCGGCACUAUAGCUUACCCAAAGGGAGGGUGCCACAAGUUAGGGGGGACAGUUUUGAGGAAGCACAACUGUGAACUGCCAGUGGAAUAUGCCGGGAAAGGGUUGUAAAAAAAAGAUUGUGUUGCCUUCAUUUGUCGACUGCCAGUAUGUAUUCUGUUUUUUGAGUCAAUGUGCAGUGUGAUGUUUCAUAUGACCAUACCAAAAUCCACCACACAGACACGCACACUUGUCCUUAUCUCCUGUGCGAACGUCCCUUGUAGUGGCGGUGUGACCGACGCCUUUCGAGCCAUGCUUGUCGCUUAUUUUUUCAGCGUCGAAAACUAGGAUAGGAUAUUCACUUUGCAGCGAAGUGAUGCGUAAACAAAGAGCGAUGUAUUAACGUAAAUUGCUGGUUGUUGAUGCCGGUUGUUUGUGCAGUUUCAGACUCUUGCUUGGGAAGGGACUUUGCGCUGCCUUUUUGGAAGCCUUUCUAAAGUUUGGCGUUUGCUCCGUAACACUCUGCCAUUACUUGCUCGGGGAACGCCUGCCAACCGAGCGUUUUAUAAAGUCGAGACGAUCGUUUACCGAGGCUGCACGAACAAAGGCCUUUUUGGGCCAACACAAAAACCCCCGUGGCAAAGUAAGCUGUUUCUUUAUUGGAAAGCCUGCUCUAUUUUGUACAACAGAUGUUGCGUGACAUUCAUGGUGCACAUAUUUUUCAAUGCUGAGGCGGCGUUUGCUCAAGCUACGAAGGGGAAGGCGGGAAGUCUCGCGCACCAAGUUUGCGAAGCACAAAAAAGCAUAGCCGCCAGCUGAUGUCAAUAAUGUUGUAGUUCCAUUUAAAGGUCGUUGUUGGUGACGUUGAAGUGCAUUCGAGUUCGUGGUCGUGCAGCAACCGCCGCGACACUUGAUUAUCGUGACACUUUGGCACGUGUGUCCGUUACAUUUGUUUUUACGGUCUUGCCGUUGCAUCAUUCAUUUGUAAAGAGGAGCUUGAGUAACUUCAUCCUUUUUUUUUUUUUUUCGUUAUUCAUAAAUGUUGCUAAUAUAUCCACAGUUGUUUCAGUGAGGGAUCUUUCUCGCGUGUCGGAAAGUCUUGUCAGUCAUGUUGAUCAAUUGUUUGUUUUUUCGUUUUCUUUUUUUUUUUUAGUUGGCAAUUUUUCAACUUUUGACAGCGGUAGUACUCACUCAUGGAGACUAAUGUAUUAUUGAUCACUGUCACCAUUCUUUCUUUUUUCCACCGCAUAAAAUUUAUUGCUCUGUAUGACUGCAAGUACAAUAAAGAUUCCAUUUAAUCUACCACGACAUGGAACCUCAAA